AUGCAAUAUUUUGAGAGUAUGACAUGCCAUUUUGGGGAACAAAAGGGAAUAAUACUGAAUAAUAAGAAAUUAAUCGUGCUUAUUACUGGAGGGUCACAAGGUUUGGGGCUAGAACUUGUUAAGAUUCUACAGAGGAAAGGUUGUACUGUGAUAAUUAUUGAUAUAAUUAAACCAGCCAACGAUAUUUUAUCACAUAAAAAUAUCUUUUUUUAUAGUUGUGACAUAUCCAACUUGUUCCAAAUACAAAAAUUACACAUUAUAAUUAAACAUAGGCACGGUCCUGUUAUGAUUUUAAUAAAUAAUGCAGGUAUUCAAAAGUUAUCAAGUUUAAAAGAUAUGGAAAAUGAAGAUAUAGAUAAAAUUAUGAAAGUUAAUCUUUUUGGAACAUAUCUAAUUACUUCAACCUUUUUAAACGAUUUUUUAGUUCAAAGCCAAGGAAUGAUAAUAAAUGUUGCCUCCAUUUUAGGAUGUAUUUCUCCUGCAAGAUUAUCCACUUAUUGUGCUUCUAAAGGUGGCCAAAUUGCUUUUCACAAAUGUGUUACCAACUAUAUAAAAGAGGUCAAUAAACAAAAUAAUAUAAAAUUAACCACUUUGCUUGUUUGUACUGGAAGAAUAAAUACUUCGUUAUUCAAAGAUGUUAACACAUCAUCGCAUAUAUUGGCGCCAGAUAUUUGUCCAACAAAAUUAGCAAAACAAAUAAUCCAUAUUAUUGAAACCGGGGAUGCUAACAAUUUAAAAGGUCCUUAUUACACCAAUUUAAUUAGUGUAAUAAACAAUUUAAAUUGGCCAUACAGAAAAAUUAUUAAGAAUAUUAGUGGAAUGAACAAUUCAACGUUAAUUUAG